CCAAAAUUUCGCGAACCCAAAAGCCCAAUCCGAUCUCAAACACGCGCAGUCUUUCCCUCUCCGUCUUCGUUCGAGGGCUUUCUUUCGCUUACAAUCGGCGCUCGCCGCCUCUCUCUCUCUCUGUCUCGCGUACCUUUUAGCAGUAUCAACCAAUCUAUUUCAAACCCUAAUUCCCACAGCUAUACCUAUAUUUUUCAAUUUCUUGUUUCAAUUUCUAGGGUUUCAUUUCCCAAUUUUAAUCGAAUAAUCUCCGAAGCUGCAUAGCUCGUGAAUCGAAGAAGUGCAUGUUAGUCUCUACUGCUUUCUUGUUUUAAUCUCGUUUUGUUUUUAGAUCUGAGUCUGUUUGGACUUAGGGUUACGUAUUGAUUUUCGUCGUAAGUUUGUAACUUUGCAAUUGAAAUAUUGGGGAAUUAGUCGGGCUGAUUUUGUGGGGGUUUAGUGUUAGGGUUUUAUAGCUGACUUGAAUUGGGAUAAGGACUCCCUAUUCUGUGGUUCUCUAGAGCUCGGAUAUAUAAAUAUAUGGCCACUGGAAGACAUGGGGGUUAUCGCGAUAAUGAGUUCAGGGACCGGGAGUCCAAUUUUGAUUUGCCAAGGAGGGAUUUCGCUACAGCUAAGGAGGACUACGAACGGAUGAGGAACGGAAAUCGUGAUGGUGAAAGGGGUCAAGGUAGGGAUUUGAGAGAUAGAAUUAGGGUUAGGCAGAAGGAUAUAAAGGAGAGGAAUGGUGGGUAUCGCUCCUCUUCGAGCAGCAGCGGUGGUGGGGCUGGUAGUCGUGGGCCUAAGCAAAGUGGGUUUUCUGUUAGGGCCUUGGACAGGGAACCUGGUGAAUUGUCGAGUGAGAGUGGGUCUGAUGAUGCUAUUGAAUCUGUAUCGCAGGUCAGAGAAACUGUGGUUUCAAAGGUCGUAGAGAAUGGAACUGAGUCUCCGAAAGAGAGGAAAAGGAAGUAUUCGCCCAUUGUCUGGGAUAGAGAUGACAACAAAGGAAUGAGUAAUUCGUCAAAAACUAGGAUUACCACUGCGCUGACAGCUCUUCCUCCUCCACCGCCGCCGUCUAGGGUAUUUCAUCAGUCUCCUAAUGUUAUUUCAGAUAGCAGUUUACAAAUAUCUUCAGCUAAAAUUGUUGAGGUCGAGAAUUUACAGUCUUCUUCUCCAGUUAAGCCACCUGUGGAACAUGGGUCUGUUAGCAAUGGUGUAUUGGAGUCUCCAGUGGGGCUAUCUUCACAAAGUCAGCAAUGGGGUGAUGAUCAUGAAGCAGAGCAGCUAGAAGAUGAAGAAUAUGCCCCGACCCGGAAUAUAUCAUCUUCAAGAUGGGCAGCGGGAAAUAAUUCUCCUGGUGAUGAAGGAGAAAUUUCAGGGAACGAGCAAAUGCCUAAAAGGAGGAAGAAAAUUCCGCUUGUAGGGUCAGUAGAAGAUGGAGUACGCAACAAUUCGUUGACACCUGAGUCUGGGGAGCUUAAGAGAGAUGGGUCUGAACUAGUCAGAGCGAGGUCAUCCGAAUCUGAAGAACAGGAUGCCCAUACUAGGUCUUCCAGUAGGAAUGAUUACCCUGAUAAUGACUCAGAGAGGGAUGACUACAUGGAUACUGACAAGGAAUAUGGUAAUAAUGACUCUAGUGUUAGUCAGUCAGAUACAGAUUCUGAGGAUAACAAUAACUCUCGUGAGACCUCAGAACCUGCAGCUCCUCCACAAAGAAGCGUAAACAUGCUUCAGGGUUGUAGAAGUGUUGACGAGUUUGAGAGACUAAACAAGAUAGAUGAAGGCACUUAUGGUGUUGUAUAUAGAGCCAUGGAUAAGAAAACUGGAGAAAUUGUGGCCUUGAAGAAGGUAAAGAUGGAGAAGGAAAGAGAAGGUUUUCCAUUGACUUCUCUUAGGGAAAUAAACAUUCUUCUUUCUUUUCAUCACCCAUCAAUUGUCGAUGUGAAGGAAGUGGUGGUGGGGAGUAACCUUGAUAGUAUUUUUAUGGUGAUGGAGUACAUGGAACAUGAUCUUAAAGCACUAAUGGAGACGAAGAAGGAGCCAUUCAGUCAGAGUGAAGUUAAAUGCCUUAUGCUCCAGUUAUUGGAAGGUGUCAAAUAUCUUCAUGAUAAUUGGGUGCUUCAUCGAGAUUUGAAGACAUCGAACCUGCUUUUGAAUAAUUGUGGUGAGUUGAAAAUAUGUGACUUUGGAUUGUCUCGUCAGUAUGGGAGUCCUUUGAAACCGUAUACUCAUUUGGUGGUUACUCUUUGGUACAGGGCACCUGAACUCCUGUUGGGAGCAAAAGAAUAUUCAACGGCAAUCGAUAUGUGGUCACUUGGUUGUAUAAUGGCUGAACUAUUAUCGAAGGAACCACUUUUCAAUGGGAAAACGGAAUUUGAUCAACUUGACAAGAUUUUUAGAAUCCUUGGCACACCAAAUGAGACUAUCUGGCCUGGAUAUUCCAAGCUUCCUGGAGUCAAGGUCAACUUUGUUAAGCACCCGCUUCCAGCUUUGGGUGAUUCUGGUAUAACCUUUUGCGCAAGAAGUUCCCAGCUACAUCAUUUACUGGAUCUCCAGUUCUUUCUGAUGCUGGAUUCAAUUUGUUGAACAAGCUUUUAACUUAUGACCCUGAGGAGAGAAUUACAGCUGCAGAUGCUCUGAAUCAUGAGUGGUUUCGUGAAGUUCCUCUUCCCAAAUCGAAGGAGUUCAUGCCCACAUUUCCUGCUCAUCAUGCUCAAGACAGGCGCACACGGAGAAUAUUGAAGAGUCCUGAUCCCUUGGAAGAGCAACGUAGAAAGGAAUUGCAGCAAGGGGAAAUAGGAACUGGUGGUGUGUUUGGCUAGUAGAAAUGAAUCGGUGAUCAGUGGCCUUGAUACGCAAUUGGACAUGGCUGAGGUGAGAGACAUGCAUUGAACGGAAGUUGCAAACAUUCUAUGUCAGACGAUCAUAUGUGCUCUUUUUUAGCAGGCACUUCUUUGUGAUUUGGGCGGAGAUUUGUAUUUUUUUUAUGGCUCCUGUCAACCAGAUUUGUUGCAGGUUAACUUUGUUCUUCAUCUUUGAUCAUCGUAUAGAAUUGCAUCUAUGACACUGCUUUCACUGCGAGGUGUGGCAUAAUUGCCUUUUCUUUUAAAAAGAGAAUCAGUUUCAGCUGAAACUUGUGUAUGUAACAUAUUUUCCUGGGUACAUUGUAAACAGUUCUCCUUUGGUUUGCAAUAUUAGCACUGUCAAUUAUAUUAGAACAUAUUUAAUAUUCACAUUGUGUUUGCAAGAGACGGUUGGUGUGGAGUGGAGGGGGCGUUCUUUGCUUUUCGUUGACGAAGAAUUUGACAAUUACCAUAUUAUUUUUUAAAGUAUCAAAGCAAGCAGGUUGAGGAGGUUUCCUGCACUUCCAGGAAUUUAUAAAACUUCAAUUAGUUGUUCCUACAGGCUCACUAGAGAAGAAUGUUUUAAGAAAUGCAUUAAAGGGAGAAAAAAAAAAAACUCUGGUCUCAGUUCCUGGACAGUUCACAUUCUAAAGUUGACAAAAUGGCAGGCAUGGCUGGAGUGGGAUGGGUUGCUUGGAGAUGGAAUAUAGUAGAGUGUCAGCUUCCCAUUCACUUAACCAAAUAGAAUCCGAGAAGAUUCAGUAAGCCUAGGUGGGAUAUAGAAAAUACUUUGCCAUAUGCUUUGUGCAGGUGGUGACUGAUGAUAUUCUACCAGCACACUUUUGACGUUAAGGUGGUGGUACAAAUGUGAGUUAAAGGAGGUUGCUGAUGGCUGAUGAAUUGUCCCAAACAUCUAACGAUCCGCCUACGUGCGACUAAAUUCUGUUCCAUGUACUUUAAAAUGUCAGGUUUCAUUUGCACACUGCAGUAAUGUAUUGGUCAUGUAAUUUGUCUCGGUCCAUUCCAGAUAUUUUAUGGUUGAUUUCUAUGCUGUAUUCUGUGUCAAGCGGCAAUGAAACCUUGUUAGCCCGUGCCAAUGACUCAUGUUCUUGUACAUCCAUGAUAACACUGGCUGAUUUGGGAAAGUAGCACUGAGAUAUUUUCAUUCUGACAUUGUUGGAAAGUAACAAUAGAUUAGGACAUUUAAGUUUUUCUCA